ACCUGAGCUGAAGUCAGACACUUAACUGACUGAGCCGCCCAGGCGCCCCAGUCUGGAGACUCAUUCUUGACUCCGACCUUUGCGCUGGCUAGUCCCUUCUGUGGCUACUCUUCCCCUCAAUCUUGUGUGAUUGCCUCCAUUUUAUGACUCAGGCCUUAGCCCACAUAUCACCUCCUCAGAAAGGACUUCCCUGGCCGGCCAAGGGAAAAGCCGCUCGCACUGUGUGAUGCCGGCGUCUGUGGUCGUUUCCUCCUUCCUUAUAGGCGCGGAGUUGAGUGUUGUGUCUUCCCCUUCUCAAAUGUCGGCUCCAAGAGGACGGGGAAGUUUGCCUGCUUGUUCACUGCUGUCCCCUGGGCUUUCUGAGAGGGCGGGGCAUGUAGUAGGUGCUCAAUAAAAGCUACUGGACUGAGGGUGCUGGGACGGGUGUAGUUCCCAGGGCCAGACACUGUCUAAAUGACCUUACGCACCCGUUAUGUAUUUACCCCUCACCUGUGGGGCAGGUGGCCACCCGCGCUGUCUCACAAAGCAUAAAACCAAUCCUAGAGAGGUCUGGCAGUUUUCCCAGGCUGCACAGCUGGCCGUGGUGGAGCUGGGAUUCAGGCGGAGCCCAGCCACCACCUCUGCGGAAGUAGGUUUAGGACCUCCAAAUCUCCAGAUGAGGAAAAGGCCAAAGAAGGGAAGGAGUUGCCUGAGGUCUAUCUGUGAAUGGCUGCCGCUGGAUUCGAACUCAGGUCGCCCUCCCCGUGCAGCCUUAAGCUCAACAGACCGUGUCUCUCCGGGGAAAGCACCCUCCCUCCAUGCUGACGCUCCAGGACCAUUAGCUGGAAGAGGAGCGGGUGCGGGACGUGGGUCUCCAUGAAUAAUUGAGGGUCUCCGGCAGGGGGCCGCCCGGCAGCUGUCACCCCGGCGCGGGCGGGGAAGGGGCGGUGAUGACGUCACUUCCUCCCCCGCGGGGCCACUGGCGCGGGUUAUAAGGAGCUGCCGCGCCGUCCCGCGCGGCGCCGAGCACCCUGGUCCCGACGCCCCACCAUGCAGAGCCGCGGGCCCGCCUCCGUGCUGCUGUUGCUGCCGCUGCCCCUGCUUCUGGCGCUGCUGCCGGGGGCCGCCACCGCUGCUCCCUUGGCGCCAAGACCUUCCAAGGAAGAGCUGACCCGCUGUCUGGCAGAAGUGGUCACAGAAGUGCUGACGCUGGGCCAGGCCCAGAGAAGCCCCUGCACAGCUCUCCUCCACAAAGAGAUGUGUGAGACAGAGCCCUACGGCUGUGUGUCCACCAAAGAGAAAGGCCUACUGGUUGGGGAUUUCAAGAAGCAAGAGGCUGGGAAGAUGAGGUCCAGCCAGGAAGCGAGGGAUGAGGAAGAGGCAGCCGAGAGGGCCCACAAGUCUGAGGUGCGGGAACAGACCAUCCGCGAGCAGCUCCAUAGCCGGCUCCACCAGGAGGAGGAGGAGGAGCAGGAGCGGGAGGAGGAGGAGGAGGAGGAGAGGAAGAAGAGGGGGCCCGUGGAACCCUUCGAAGGCCCGUGGAAGCGGCGCCCAGAGGGUGGAGGGGGGCCCCACAAGCGAGUGGCAGAGCAGGCCAGUGACGAGGAGACAGCCCAGUUUGAGGCCGAGGAGAAGGGUGUGCAGGUGCUGGGCGCGGGCCACAGCCUGUGGCAGGGGGCCGAGGCGGGUGGAGGAGAAAGGCACGACGACUCGCCGCAUCACCACCGCCUCCGCCAGCCAGAAGCCGGGCCCAAGCAGGAGGAGAAGGAAGAGGCUUCCGAGAGGGAGGAGCAUGACACGGUGCGGCUGGAGCACGUGCGAGAUGAGCUAAAGAAGGCAACGGAGCUUCUGGGGGAGGAGAUCAGGAGGGAGGGAUGACCCCCGACCUCGCGUCCUCCUUCCUGACACACCCUACGGCUUAUGACUGUUGACCCCCAAAGCUCGCCUAACACCCCACUCCGUUCCCCAGCCUGAAGGAACGGGGGGACAGGUGUGCCACGCGACCAGGCCCGAGGGGCCGAGUCUGACCUGGGUAGAGGGGCUGGGCUCCAACCGACUCGGGAAACAUCCGGCCACCCAUGUAACCCACUCCAACCCUGCUGAGUGAAUAAAGCACAAAGAAAACCGCUAA